CGCAUCGUUGCGUGCUCGUUCCCCCCGCUGGGCGUACGUGCGCGUACCUCCCGAUCGCGUGGUGUUCUUCCAUAUUGCUGCUAGCGGUGGAGAUUAGCAAGAAUUUUUUUAAAGAGGUGCUCGGAGGUGUUUUUAUAUGUUUUAAUUUUAAACGGACCACUCUGCAUCUUAGACUAAAGAGUAUUUGGUCUAGGGGUGGAGUGGAGAAAAGAUAGAGACGAGUUGAAUUGCGGAUUACAAUAUUUUUUUUUGCUCUCGAUUUGAAGGCGAAUUUGGGGGGUGAGGAAAGGAGAAAUGGCCACUCAGGUGGAGACUCUCCUACCGAACAAUCCUCUACUGAAGCAAGAGGAGCACGGUCAUGCAGGCAAAAUGCAACAAGGAGACGAAUGUCUUGAGAAAGGGGCGAAGGCGACGUCUGCUGCAGACGAGGGGAGCAAAGUCAAGGGAGGCGAGUCGGAACAGGGAGUGUUUGCCGUGAAGGAGCAAAGCCAAAAGCAGGUGAAAGAUGAUAGCAACAACCAAGAAAAGAUAAACCUCGAUAAAGAAGCGGCCCAUCUCAAAGAUGCCGAUGGGCAAAUUGAGGAAGAUCUUAAAUGCCACAAAAAGGAGUUCGCCGAAGCCCCCCCGCCCAAGGUUAACCCAUGGACUAAGAAAAUGAACGCAGUGACCGUGGUCAGUGUAAAUGGACAAACUCAUCAUGAACAAUCAGUGCCAGCCAAGGUGGUGAGAGCAGGAAACCCCCGACCCAGGAGAGGCGGAAAGGUGGGAGAUUUCGGGGAUGCCAACAACUGGCCCACGCCGGGGGAGAUUGCCACGAAGGACAUGCAGCCCUCCGACCCGCCCCAGGUGUCCAGGAAGGUGAUGGUGAAGAAGGACUGGCGGGAGAAGCGGGAGAGCGAGGAGAGCAAGGAGAACCUGAAGGCCAAGUCCGACGACUCCGGGGAGGAGAAGAACGGAGAGGACGACUCGCAGAAGAACGGGCAGAAGAAGAAAGGUAACAAGCACAGGUGGGUUCCCCUCAUGAUCGAGGUGAAGUCGGAGGGCCCCCGCGAACGUUCGGCCUCCCGGAACAACACCCGCCAAAACGACCCCCCCAGAAUGCCCCCGAACAGCAGGAACGAACUCAGAGAUUGGCACAGUGGGAAGUACGAGCGGGAGUGGAGAGACGACCAUGACGAGGUGUCCAGCGUGAAGAGUGAGGGCGCGCCCUUCCGCGGCGGCUUCAGGGGGCGUGGCCGGGGCAGGGGGCGGGGCCGGGGCCGUGGCAGAGGCGGCAGCAGAGGGCACUUUGACUACCACUACGGCUACAAGGCCUACGAGGGUAAGGACGGGGCUUACGGGCAGAAGUUCAACAGCACUGUGACCUACUACUACGACAACAUGAGCAGCAACGACCUGUACUCGGUGGACCAGGACCUGCUGAAGGACUACAUCAAGAGGCAGAUAGAGUACUACUUCAGCAUCGAUAACCUGGAGCGGGACUUCUUCCUGCGGAGAAAGAUGGAUCUGGAGGGCUUCCUGCCCGUGGGGCUCAUCGCCAGCUUCCACCGCGUGCAGGCGCUCACCACGGACAUCAACCUGAUCCUGGAGGCUCUGAAGGACAGUAAAGAGGUGGAGAUCAUCGACAUGAAGAUUCGCCGGAAGGUGGAUCCAGAGAAGUGGCCCCUCCCUGGCCUUUCGGCCCCCGACCACACCCAGACCGAUUUCUCCCAGCUCAUCAACUGCCCCGAGUUCGUGCCCCGGCAGUCCUACGAGAAGCCCCCAGGUGUGCCCUGCGCGCCCCCCACCCCCCCGCAGACGAAGAGCGAGGAUGUGAGCAACCUGAAGACCCUGCCCAAGGGCCUGUCGGCCAGCCUGCCCGACCUGGACUCCGAGUCCUGGAUCGAGGUGAAGAAGAGGCCCCGCCCGUCGCCAGCACGACCAAAGAAGGCGGAGGAGAGCCGGUCGCCGGUGCAGACCAGCCCCGCCCCCGCGGAGGCCCCCGGCGACGCCCCGGCCCCCGGCCCCCCCCGGGAGGAGCUGGACGAGCCCGAGGAGCUGGACUUCAUGUUCGACGAGGAGAUGGCGCAGAUCGACGGCCGGCGCAACACCUUCACCGACUGGUCGGACGAGGACUCGGACGGCGAGAUCGACGACCGCGACGUCAACAAGAUCCUGAUCGUCACGCAGACGCCGCCCUACCUGCGCAAGCACCCCGGCGGCGACCGCACCGGCCAGCACACCUCCCGCUCCAAGCUCACCUGCGAGCUCGUCAAGGUCAUCAACGACGGCCUCUACUACUACGAGCAGGACCUGUGGGACGACACCUACGAGCCGGAGUACGCCACCAUCAAGCAAGAGGUGGAGAACUUCAAGAAGGUGCAUCUGAUCAGCAGAGAGCAGUUUGACUGUCUGACCCCUGAACCGCCUGUGGACCCCAACCAGGAAGUGCCCCCCGGCCCCCCCCCGCCCCAGCAGAUUCCCACAGACGCGUUGGCCAAUAAGCUGUUUGGAGCUCCGGAGCCCUCGGCCAUCGCUCGCUCUCUCCCCACCACGGUCCCCGACUCGCCCAACUACCGCACGCCCCGCACCCCCCGCACCCCCCGGCUAAAGGACCCCACGCAGACGCCCCGCUUCUACCCUGUGGUGAAGGAGAGCCGGCCCGUCGAUGCCAAGACGCCGCGUAAGAGGAAGACCCGUCACAGCUCCAACCCCCCCAUGGAGUGCCACGUGGGCUGGGUGAUGGACUCCCGCGAGCACCGGUCCCGCACCGCCUCCGUCAGCUCCACUGCCAGCCCGUCAGAAGGCACCCCGGUCCUGGGGAACUACGGCUGUACCCCCCAGUCGCUCCCCAAAUUCCAGCACCCCUCCCACGAGCUGCUGAAGGAGAACGGCUUCACCCAGCACGUGUACCACAAGUACCGCCGGCGCUGCCUCAACGAACGGAAGCGGCUGGGGAUCGGGCAGUCGCAGGAGAUGAACACGCUCUUCCGCUUCUGGUCCUUCUUCCUGCGGGAUCACUUCAACCGCAAGAUGUACGAGGAGUUCAGACAGCUUGUGGUGGAGGACGGCAAAGAGGGAUACCGGUAUGGCCUGGAGUGCCUGUUCAGGUACUACAGCUACGGCCUGGAGAGGAAGUUCAGGCCCGACAUAUUCAAGGACUUCCAGGAGGAAACGGUCAAGGACUACGAAGCAGGUCAGCUGUACGGACUGGAAAAGUUUUGGGCGUUUCUUAAAUAUUCCAAAGCUAAGAACAUGGAUAUCGACCCGAAACUGCAGGAGCACCUAAGCAAGUUCAAACGCCUUGAGGACUUCAGAAUCGAUCCGCCGAUGGAGGAGGGGGGGCGGAAGAGACACCCCUCGAGCGGGGAGGGCCGACGUCGACACACCUCCCACCCCUCCAGCCGACCCGCCAGCCAAUCGGGAGGCCCCAGUCCUGUCCCGGGCCCCCCCCGUGACGAUGCCAAACCCUCGAGCCAACGACCCGCCUCCUCGGACGCUAAGCCCCCCAAGUAACCCCGCCCCCCCGGCCGGGGAGGCCACGCCCUUUUAUUUUGCCACCGGGGGGGUCCCAACACUUCCACACGCACGAAGAGAGGGGGCUUCCUGGCCCAACCAACGGCUCACUGUUUGAGAAAGCACGCUCUUCCUUUUAACACCCUUUUUUUUUUUUUUUUUUUUUUUUUUGGGCAGUGGGGGGUUGUUUUUAUCAAACGCCGACAUUUUGUCUUGAUGAGAAGACGGGAGAGACCUGAUUGGAUGGCCAAGUGUCAUGUGCUUGUUUCACUGAGUUUUUAUUUUUUGCGCGAAACCUUGAAUUUUAAUCCCCCCCUCCCUUUUUGUUUGUCAAUUUGCUGCUACUGAACUGGCAAAUUUUAUUUUAUUAUUAUUCUUUAUUUUAUUUUAAUUUUUUUAGCCUUCCCAUCGUUGGACCCCCCUUUCCAUCUGACACAGUUCUGUUGGCUCAAGGAUGCACGAGUCCGUUCUCUGUGUGUGGAUCUUUUAUUUUAUUUUAUUUUAUUUUUUGGUGAAUUGGAGACUGAUGCUUUGAGAAUAAAAAUGGACUCUGCUGUUUUUGGGGCUGGAUAACGGAAGAGUAAAAUCAGAAAAAGUAGAAGAAAAAAAACAAAAAAAACUUUUGACUCGUACCAAUCCCUCUAGACGAGCCGGAUCUGUGACAGUUGCCUUAUUAACGGGUUUGUUUCUCCUUCCUGCAGUUUGUGCCGCUGCUCUUAAUGUCGAUUGUACAGCGUCAUCCGCCCCCCCCCCCCCCCCCGGCCCGCGUGAACUCUGACCCCCGCACUCUGACCCUCAUGGCUUGUCUUCCACGUGUCACACGGAGUCGCUGGUGUCCAGGCCCCGACGCCGCCCCGCUCUGUUUGCAGUUUGUGGCUUUUUGUGCUGAAUCUUCAUGAAGGGAGCGUGGGUGCGCCUGGCCCCCCCUCCCUAAUUCUGCUGCCCCCACCCCCCCCCCCUCACAGGGAGGACGGGGCACGUACAUCCAUCAUAAUCAAUCUCCAGGAGGACUGCAAUCAGCGUUUGCAAAUACUUGAAAAAAAAAAAAAAUGAAUAAAAGAAAAAGAAAAGGUAAUCACAGUUACACCUUAACCCCAGAGAGUGGAGUGGGUGUGUUAGGGUGGGGGGCGGGGGGGCGUGGUGGGCGGAUGGUUGUGGAUGGCCCCACCCCCCCCACCCCCACUGCGAACAUGGACGCAUCGUGAUGAAAUGCAUGGUUUAAAAAAAAAAAAAGAAAAAAAAGAAAAAACCUGAAAAGGAAAAAGCAGAACAAUUCUAGUGUCUUCUCCCCGAGAACCCCCCCCCCCCCUUCCUGCUCGACCAAUGAGAGGACACCGUCCCUCCAUAACUGGAGACGGAACGCCCAAUCAGGGCCGUGCAGGGAGUUCUCGCCCCCACUGGUCCAGCCCCCUCGUCUGCGCUGCAGAAAUCCAGCGAACGCCAGUGAUCCGCAACACAACAAGAGUAAAAACGAUUCACAGGGAUAAUGUCGCUCUUAUCCUGUCUGAGUGCUAACCGUCUGGAUCAGAGGUUACUAUGGCUGUUAUGGAAUUGUGAUUUCAACAAAUGACGCCUCUCUCCCCCUCCUAGUUCUUAUCGUUUAUAGAGCAAGAUGAUAUUCGCCUUACUCGUGUACGUACUUUAUCUUUAUUUUUUAAAGGAAGUGGUCUCAUAAUCUUUUAAUGCUUUUUAAGUUUAAUUUGCUGUGUUCUAGCUCCGCUGUGGAGGUGGGUAUGUCAGUGCUGCAUAUGAACUAGUCGGCGCUUCUGUGGACCUCGCGAACAGGAACGUAGCGGUACUAUUAAAGGGAAGCCGAUAUCAACGAGACAACUGGCAUUAAAAACGAAAAUGGUGAUUCUUUUCUUUUUCUUUUCAUGUCAUGGCUAAAGUAUAGUUAUUGCAGAGAUUUUAAAGAUUAAUUUUGUUUACAGAUUGCAUGCAUAGUGAAGCAGUGGAUUGUUCACUUUACAGCAAUUCAUACUUUCCAUCACAUGCGUUUGAGCCAAAGUCGAACCUCCUCGUGGAUGUUCCCGUCGUUAUUAGUGGUAAAUAUUCGGUGGGUAAGGAGACGCUCGUUUCGAGCUGCGCUUUUGAUUCGGCGCUAAAGGUGCAGAUGCGUGCUCUUUCCGCCACCACACUUCUGACAAGAGGCUUGUGAUUGGCUAGCGGUUCCUCUGCCAAAACAGGCUUGUCACGCGCCAACUUCAUUUUCCAUCCUGCUAAAGAUGCUCAACAUUAAGCAGGCAGAUUUAAAUCCUGUUUUUAGCUUUUUCCUGUUUUUUUUUUUUUUCUUUUUUCCUUUUUGUGGGCUCAAGGGGGCUGUGGGUUUAAACGAGGAGGUUGUAGGACUCAUAAUUGAUGAAUCGCUUAAGAAUCGUUUACUUCAAGAACAACAAAAAAAAACAAAAAAAAAACACAAAAAAUCCCCAAACAUUGUCGUAAUCCUCUGAGAGGAUGUGUGAUGAGUAAAUGCCUGGCCACUCAUUAACCACCGGGGGGAGCUGUUCCUCGCGGACGACUGCACACUGCAAGUGAGUCCACCAGGGGGAGCCCUUUCUCACGGACACAUGCACACUUGCAGUGAGUCCACUCUCCCAGCAGGGGGUGCUGUAAGCUGCCGGCCUCUUGCAUUAUGGUAGAAUCUGCUAAGCAGCUGGCAUUUCUAUUGGCUCUUUGGAGGCCCUGAGGUCAUGUGGUCAGGUGACACACCUGGGAUUCGUGUGUUUCGGGUUCAGAGGUCAACGGCUGUUUAUGUCUGGGGACAGAAAAGGACAAAAAAUUCCAUAAAGCCAUAUAAAUAAAUAAAAAUAGCUGUAUAUGAUCCAGUAUAAUGUUAAUAGUUCAUAACCAUUACAAUAUCCUAGACUUGUUGCGAAUAAAAAAGAUGAAAAUGGAACAAAAAAAUAUAUAAAAUGGAAAAAUGUAAAAUACUUGAAUGAGAUCUUGUAUUAUAACAUUUAAUAUUCAUAAUAUCUGCUUUGUAGGCUGAUGUGAUUGGCUGUUAGUGUUAUUUGUAAUUUGUAGUAAUUAUGCUUUUCCUUAAUGAAUAAAAAAAAAUAAUAAAAUGGACAAAAAAACCUUAAACACCAAA